UAUUUGACAGGGAUACACUCCUCUACACAUCGCCAUGCAGUUUCGUCAUGAAAAUCUCUUCAGACUGCUAGUCGAAGCUUAUGAUGCGGAUCCAAACGCCAGAGACUGGUCUGGCCGGAAGCCAAGGCAAUAUCUAGUCAACAUUGACACCUCCAUGUCUCCAGGCUCCUACAGAAAGGCGAAUACGUUCGAUUUGAAACGGACUGUCACCUCUCCACCGGUUUUAAGAGUCACCCCUCAUUCAACAGUUCAUGCGAUGUCAAAAAAGGAGGGUUUCCUCCGGAUCGGGUCGUUGAACGUCCGCGUGAAAAAGACAACGGAGGCGUUCAGCAACUUCCUGGGCGUGGGCGCGACGCGGUCGUCCGCGUACAUGCCCAAGUCGGGCAGAGACAGGCCACUCGAUCGCAAUUCGGACGACGCCGCGCAUAAGAGCUGGGGCUCGGCGGAUAACCUGCAGAAGGAUGACAAGCUGAUGCCACCGCCUACGAACAGCGGCAAGGUGAGACGGCGAGGUGCCACGGGGCGCCGAGGCCUGGGCUCCCAUAGCCGAAGCACGCCCACUACUCCUGACCAGCCGCGAGCACGCAUCGGGAGCAGCGAGACCGGCGACUCGGACUCGGACUCGGCCGCCGGCUUCCACUCUGCCUGGCGUCAGCAGCGCGCCUCCAACUGCACAUAGCAUAUCAUAACGGAACCCAAGCCA